AGAACUUUGUAAUAUCGGCGAUUUGAUAUUCUUCCUUUUUUAUUUUCAAUUGAAACAAUUAAAUUCAUUAGUAAAAAGAAUAUUAAAAUGUCUCCAUAGGGACAUACAGCUUUCUGAACGAACGUUGAUAUUCAGGAAACGUGUCUUGUGAAAAGCAUAACCAUCCCAUAGAUAUUUAGCCUUUCAUUACUUUUACUAUAUUGACUCAUUGAAGAGCAAGAAUCCGACGAUUCUCAAGGUUUAUUUAGAAGACGUAUGCUGUUUAAGAAAUGAAGUUUAGCGCUCUCAAGUAUUUUGAGAGUUUUUCCUUUUUCCUUUAUUUUUACUUUUUUUUGUUUCUUCUCUCUUCUCCUAUUGGAACAAGUAUUAUUACUUUAAUAUUGUCCUCCUCUCAUACUUGCUUCCCUUCACUUUUAGUUCCUAGAUUCCCUUUUUCUGCGUUCCAAUACUGUUUCGUGUCUCUGAAUCAAAAAAGUAAAGAAUUCCUCUUUUUCAUAACUAUUGACUGAAACUUAAUUACAAAUACUCGCAAAAACUCAUCAUGAACCAAUUGGCAUCUUCUGCCACCAACCAUCCAGAAACCGCUAAUGGCCUUCAAAACAUUCUAUCGGGGAAUUCCUUUUUUAGUGCAGGAAUAGGAUUGAUGGGCUUUGGAGCAGGUUUGGCCCUUUUACGACGUGGGGUUGUUUCUGGUGCAGGCCUCAUUAAACGAAGAAUGCUGGUUUCUGUAGAGAUUCCAAGCAAAGAAAAAAGUUAUAAUGCUUUCCUUCAUUGGAUGGGUACGGUUCCUAAGCGCUACUCAAAUCAGCUUGCCGUAGAAGCAAGAGGAAGUGCCAAAAGUAUUUUCCAUCCUCCCACUCGUUCAUCUGACAAAGUGAACCCCAGUAGUCUCUUCCAGCUCGUUCCUGGUCCUGGAAAGCACUUUAUCAAAUACAAGAAAUGCUGGAUCCAAGUGGAACGUCAGCGCAGUAGCCGUCUACAAGAUUUAACAACCGGAACUCCAUGGGAAACCAUCACGCUUACGACGUUGUCUAGAGAUCGAGAAAUCUUUUCUGAUAUGCUCUUGGAAGCUCAAAAGUACAUGCAUACCGCUCAGAAAAACAAAACAAUAAUCUACACAGCAUGGGCUACAGACUGGAAGCCAUUUGGGUUGCCAAGAUCCAAGCGUCUUUUGUCUAGCGUUGUUUUAGAAAAAGAAGUUAAAGAUUUAAUUACAGAAGACGUUCGUGACUUUCUAGGUAACUAUCAAUGGUAUGCUGAUCGAGGAAUACCCUACCGACGUGGAUACCUACUGUAUGGUCCCCCUGGAAGUGGAAAAACCUCCUUCCUAUACGCUUUGGCUGGUGAACUGGAUUAUGACAUUUGCGUCUUGAAUCUUGCUGAACGAGGCUUGAGUGAUGACAGAUUAAAUCACUUACUUUCUAAUGUUCCUCCAAAGUCAGUUGUUCUUUUAGAGGAUGUUGAUUCUGCCUUCCAAGGAAGAGAUCGUUCUGGCGAAAUUGGAUUUCGCGCCAAUGUUACAUUUAGUGGUCUUUUAAAUGCCAUUGAUGGCGUAACUUCUGCAGAUGAACGAAUAAUCUUUAUGACAACAAAUCAUCCCGAAAUAUUAGAUCCUGCUUUGAUUCGUCCUGGCCGUGUCGAUAUCAAAGCAUAUUUGGGCAAUGCCACUCCUCAACAGGUGCACGAUAUGUUUCAAAGGUUCUACGGGAAGGAUGAUCCCAAGAUUUCGAAAGAACUGAGUGACAUUGUAUGUUCAAAGAACACGAGUAUGGCGUCUCUGCAGGGCCUUUUCGUUAUGAAUAAAGCAUCACCAGAAGCGGCACUUGAACUUGCAAAAGAGCUUCCCCAGCUUCCAAAAAGUGCUCCGUAUGCAUUUAGUUCUCAUAAAAAACCUCUUUCCGUUUAAAAUUUGAAUGACCUGUUUUUGAAGACCAAAAUUACACACUACUUCCUACUUUAUACUCUCGACUGGAUCAAGAGUUAUCUCGUAAAAAAAAAAUUCCUAUACAUUCUUCUAUAGAACAGUAUUAAUAAAGAUUUGUAGUUACUUGGUAGUAAUCAACUUUAUAAGUCGUA